AUGACGAAUUCAGCAUCGAUUCCUUCACCAACACGAACACCAUACACGACACGUGUGGCAGCUGAGCCAUCCAGAUCCAAGACGGCUCAAAACGAAGCCUCUAAACCGAAAUCGCAUCAUCUUCCGGAGGAGACACCAAGCCCAAUAUCGCAGGAUGAUACAAAGCAGGUCACACCGUCGCAAGCAAUAAUCAGAGAUAACUUCCCUUUAGCAAUGAAUGCUCACUCAGCCGCCGAUUUACCACCCAUUCCUCCAUGGGACAAACCUCUAAGCCCUCAUGUGAAAGAAAAGACACCGCUCUUUAUUGCUUUCACACGGAACUGGCUAUUACUCCAGCAAACGGUUGUCUCGUGGAUAACAUCUGGUUGGCCAGCAGAGGAUAUCUAUGUAAUCGAAAACACGGGCACUAUGAGAUCCAACGAACUCGGCCUUCUUUCGCUCCAAAAUCCUUUUUUCCUAAACCACACUCGACUGCAUAUGUUGGGCGUAAAUGUAAUCGUGACACCUACUCUCUACACAUUUGCCCAGUUACAGAAAUUCUUCCCUUGGACGGCCAUCGAGAAAGAUCUCGAAACUUAUUUUUGGAGUCACAUGGAUAUUAUUCCUAUCACAUUCGAGGAAGGUAUUUCUGCGUCCGAUGAUUAUGCCGGGCAUAAGACUAUAUACCAACAUGCUGUCGAAGUUCUCCGAUCAGCACAAUCAUCCGAUCCGGAUCCAAAUGCUUCUGAUCCAAGUAAACCAUGGACAAUGCGGUUCUUUGCUUUCGACUACCUAGCUUUAGUUAAUCGAGCAGCUUUUGAAGCAGUCGGCGGGUUCGACGCUACAAUUCCAUUCUAUCAUAAUGAUUGUGAUAUGUACGCUCGAUUACUUAUGGCUGGAUAUGAGGUGAAUGAGCCAUGUCAUCUGAUGACAACAUUUGGAAAUGAUUUUGCCGGAACGGACAAAUUUGGAAGUGGAAUAAUCUAUGAUAUCGCGCACAGCAUCGACGAUUUGAUUGUCCUAUACCGGAAGAAGAAUACAGUAGAAGCGAGUUUCGCGGGAGAGACCGGACCAAAAGAUAAUGAAGCAGUACACAAAUAUGGCGGAGACCAGUCGAAAUCGGUAAAGCGAGUUCAAGAGCAAGAAGAAACUCACAAAAUCGCCGGUGGAAAUCAAAAGCAGGCUGCGACCGAUUUUGAUGAUGCACAAGCAUAUGGGAAGGCAAUGGAAGAAAAAUACCCUCCUGAUACCAAAGCUGAGGCGCAGAAUGAAGGAUAUGUGAAGGACACUCCGAAGACUGAUAUUGAUACUAGCGAUUCUCAUGUCCAGCAAGCAUCGGAGAUACAUCAAGGAUUACAAGGAGUAAAAGAUGCAGAGGAAAAAGAAUUGAGCCCCAUGGUCGCGGAGAAUCUUUCUCAAGCAGUUUCUUUAGUCAAUACGUCCGAGACUGACGGAUAUGAAAAACGAAGCAUGGGAAAUUCCUCAAAAAAUCCCAAGUUCAAGCCACUAGAGGACAUCCAUCACGACGCUUCCCCAAAAGAGUCAACCACGCCAUCCUCAUCCACAUCCACAUCCCUAGACUCAAACUCAAAAUGGGUGACCGACGAGCCCGGUUCCCCGGCCUGCUACCAACUCCUCCAAGACGCCACCAACAUGGUACUCGCCAAGUACUCCCAAGGUGCUGAAGGUCGAAAUGAAUGGCAACAUCUACAAUCUGGAGGUAAAGGCGAACCUUAUCAUCGUCUGCAGAGGGUUUUGAAAAGGCCCUUCAGUUGA